AUGUAUCUAGCAAACGUGGCUGCUUUUGUGGUACUCUUGGCGGCACCACUCGUGUCUGCUGAUAAUUGUCAAGAUCGGAUCUACCCCUGCUCCCCUCUAUCUGCCUGCAACAACCUCUUGAGUGGAAAGCAAAUCUGUGCUACAACUGAGAGAGUCGACGGUGGCUGUCUUCAAACCAUCACAGGUGUCAAUCAAGGCGCCGUCCGUUGUCACUGCUGCCCCAAGUAA